AUGACGCAGAUUACUCUUCCACUGAUUAUACUUCUUUCUUUGUUUGGAGCUGGAAGUAUGGGCGACACUGCUAGCAGUGCUUUGAAUGAAGAUUCUACCACUGCAAAAAGUCGUGAACUAGUCAGUACAACACCAUCUACUGCCCCGACGACAACUAUCGACUGCAGCGAUGUUCCAGAUGUUGACUGUGCCAAACUUCUACCACAGUGCUCAGAUUAUCAUUACGAUGAGUUAAUGGACAAAUACUGUCGGAAAACUUGCAACAGAUGUUUUGUGACACCCACUUGUCACGAUGCAACAGACAGAUGCGUAGAAUGGAACAAGAACGGAUUUUGCAAUAGCACAUUCUAUACACCAGAAGUAAAAAAGAAGUACUGCGAGAAAACCUGCGGAUUUUGUAAAUAG